GGGUGAGGGCUGUGGAAGGAAGACGGUGUUUUGUGACCAGUUGCAUUUUCUUAUUCUCCCAGUUCCACAUUUGAGGAUGUAGAUGUGUUUAUGUGUGCAUUUGGAGUAGACUGAGCGAAGAGGAUAGUGAGGAUUUCUGGGAGACCUCUACUAAUAAUUCUUUCCCUUAGUUACUCCUUCCCUUUGUUUUUUUCAGUGCAUGAAUCAGGAGAGAAUAAAGAAUAUUGUUUGAUUACACACUUUCUAGGGCUCAACUGGAAGUAGCCCUCCCUUUGAUCUUUAUGCACCCAGGAUGGAGUACUCAUUAUUAACCCAAAUAUCUUAAUUCUAAGUGAUUGUCCACAAAGGAAAACUCCCUAGCUAUAGGCUGAUUCCCUAAACCCAGCAAGUGGUCUCAACAGAUGCCACUCAACAUGGAUAGGCCCAGAUGAUCUAUAUCAUUCAACACACUUUCCAAACUCACAUUCUUAAAACACCUGAAGAACAUCUUCUAAAGGAUGAAUUUGAAGUACACUUGGAGCACUGUGCGGGAUUCUGGGCUCCAGCCUUUAGAAGAGGAUUACUGACGCACCUGAAACUCAUCCAGAUGUGAGUGGUGAAAUGUCUGGGUAACACGUCUACGGGAAGAACUACUGAAAAACUAAGAAUGGAGCAAUUUGAUGGGGACCUGGAAAGAGCUGUCAGUUAUCCUGAAGGGCAGCAGCUGUGUAAGGUGAAGAAAGCCUAUCCGGCCUCAGAACCCAGGUUUAUAUAAACUGCAGGCUGGACCUGACAAACCAGGUGUGGUGAGAGUGGCUUCUGACUCUGGCCCCCUUUCUGCUGGGCUAAAGAUCUUUCGCUGACCUCCUUAUAGGCUCUUCUUGAAUCAUGAGAGAUGAAAUAGCAACAACAGUCUUCUUUGUAACAAGAUUAGUGAAAAAACAUGAUAAACUGAAUAAACAGCAAAUAGAAGACUUUGCAGAAAAGCUGAUGACAAUCUUGUUUGAAACAUACAGAAGUCACUGGCACUCUGAUCACCCUUCUAAAGGGCAAGCCUUCAGGUGUAUCAGGAUAAACAAUAAUCAGAAUAAAGAUCCUAUUCUAGAAAGGGCUUGUGCUGAGAGUAAUGUGGAUUUUUCUCACCUGGGACUUCCAAAGGAGAUGACCAUAUGGGUAGAUCCCUUUGAAGUGUGCUGCCGGUAUGGUGAGAAAAAUCAUCCAUUUACAAUUGCUUCUUUCAAAGGCAGGUGGGAGGAAUGGGAAUUAUCCCAACAAAUUAGUGAUGCUGUUAACAGAGCCACCUUAGACUACUCCUCCAGCACUUCCUCUGAUGAAGAAAGUUGUAACAAAGAACCUCAGAUAAUUCCUAAAGUCAGCAAUCCAAAGAGUAUUUAUCAGGUUGAAAAUUUGAAACAGCCCUUUCAAUCUUGGUUCCAAAUUCCCCGAAAAAAGAAUAUGAGGGAUGGCCGGGUGGGCCUCCUAGGAAAUGCUUAUCACGUGUUGCAUAAGACCCCUAAAGGUCACAGGCCUGCUGCUGGGCACCGGGUGGACAGGUACCACUGGGUCAACACACACUGAUAGUGCAGCGGCUGGGCCCUCAUGGGCCAGAGCUCAAUGGAGCCACUUUUAUAUUCUCUGAAAUGAAAAUGAAUCUAAGCUGGAGAGACCCAGGAAACAGAAAAAAUAACCACAUUAGGUACUAGGGUACAUGAUGGUGAAUCCUCUCAUGCAGAUCAACUAUGUUCUUAACUGUACUUUUAACUGUUUAAUUUUACAUGAAGUUUUAUGUAACACUAAUGACUGUACCCAAUAAGGUAAUAGAAUGAAGAUACUGACCUGUCAUGAGUCAAUGAAUUAUCAAAAGUAACAGUUUAAAUAAAUGUGCUGUGUUUUUAAUACCUUCCUAGUUGAGUCUGUUGCAAGAAAGUUUUAAAAGUUCUUGUUUUUCAUUAGCCAUUAAAAAAGUAGACCUUCAUUUAGGGAAGACUGAUCCUCACAAUACAUGAAUAGUAUUCUGGUUCUACUCUUUUAUCUACCGUAACUCUUCUGUUUCAUAAGGUCAGAAGAGCGUGUUUGAAAAUUACAUUUUAAAAUAAAAAAUUC